UGACGAUUGCGUUUUGGCGUGUGUUGUUCAGAUGAAACUCAGCUACGGUAAUCUCUGCAGAUCUUUCACCCUGCCUAGGGGCCAAGGCUUAGGUGCUUUAUCUUGCAGAGGGUCCCCGUGUUCAACGCUGACUCGAGGACAGAUUUGGCCAACAUGGCAAGAUGUGUACAUCUUCAGUCUCUCCUCUCUCAACAUCUCCACUCUCUCCACCUCCUGGCAUCCAGAGCAUUGUUCUCCCCUAUGGCUGGGGUCCGGCAGGGUCUCUACCUUCCCCGGGGACUAGGGAGCUGGUCUAGCAGAGGGUUCAGCUUAUACCAUGUACUGAACAGUGCUUCCCAGGGCAACAGCCCACCAGAAGACAAAGUAACCAUCCACUUUGUUAAUCAAGAUGGAGUGAGAACCACCACCUCAGUCACAGAAGGGGUAUCCCUGUUGAAUGUUGUCAUUACCAAGAAGAUUGACAUCAAUGGCUUUGGGGCCUGUGAUGGAACAUUAGCAUGCUCAACCUGUCACCUCAUUUUUGAAGAAAACAUUUUUCAGAAAAUGGAACCCAUGGUAGAUGAAGAGGUGGAUAUGCUGGACCUAGCUUACGGGCUGACUGAAACGUCUCGUCUCGGUUGCCAAGUAUGUGUACAAAAAUGGAUGGAUGGAAUGACUGUGCAAGUGCCAAAGGAUGUCAAGAAUGAGAAGAUGGCAUCAACAGUGAAUCAGUGACUCUUCCAGACUGUGACAUGUUUCCUUGGAACAUUUUCACUGAAUUUACAUUGCAUUGAAUAAUGAAUACCAAACAGUCUUGUAGCAAAGUGCUGAUUAUCAACAACUGUCACAUUUCCAGAACAGCCCACAAGUAGAUACAAUUAACAUUGUUUUUGAAUAUGCAGAGCUAUAUUCUGAGUAAAAUAUUCACACUCAUAUCCAAUAUAAUGCCUGUGCUCAUUGAAGUAUGA